AUGCAGAUCCUGGCCUGGCUGACCUGCCUUUACGGCCUGCUGGGUGCUGGGCUGUCCGGCCGGCCCCACGGCAGCCGGAACCUGCCGGUCGAGCGAGGCUGCUGCAAGAGACAACGGCGCAUGGUCUUCCUCGGACACGAAAGGCCUCUUGGGCCAGGGGAACGGCCGCAGGAGAGGCCCUCACGGGGGCCAGCCAGGGGCAGGGUGCCCCCCCACUCCGACGGCUGCUGCCCGCCCGGCUCCCGCUGCCAGCCCACCCGCCUCCUGGUGCAGGACCGCUGGCUUCGGGACGGCCCUCGGCGGGUGGAGGUGGUGGAGGGCUGCCAGUGCAACGCCAGCCCGGACGAGUGUCUCCGCUCGCCCCUCCUGAAGACCUUCUUUCCCGACUCCCCUUCGGAGCAGACCCUGGACGUGGGCAGCUGCACCGGCCCCCCGCCCGCCCAAGGCGGGCCCGUCUGCGUGCCAACCCGCUUGGACUCGGUCGUCCUGCAGGGCCCCAACGGGCAGCGCCUGGUCCAGACGCUGGGGGGCUGCGGCUGGCAAGGGGCCUCUUGCUACCGGGUGCCCCACUGGCAGCAUUACUCGGAGGUGGUGCUGAGCGCGGAAGGGAAGAAGACGGAGCAACGCAAGGAAAUGGACGUGGGACGGUGCUUAGGACGAUGCUCGCUCAGGGUCCCCGGGGCCACUGGCCGUGGGCGGGCGAGGGCCCCUGCCAGCCUCUGCGUCCCUGACCACUACGAGACGAAGACCUUUCGCAGCCGGACGGGGCAGCUGAGCACCAUCUUUGCCAUCCGGACAUGCCGAUGUGGAGCCGCCGUGCUCCCCCCCCUCCAGAGGGAAAGGAGAUGA